GAAUUGCUGGGCUGGGAAAGCGCAAACCUUGAAAACAAGGAUUCCGGAUUGAAGGAUGAUUCCACGAACUGGGAAGAGGAGGACUUUGGAGAUACCAUCUGGGAUAUGCACGAAGAGCAGGGGCAGUUGGAAGCGUUUCAAGCUGCUUGUGGGAACACCUCCGAAUUGGGAUUUGACAAGUAUUACGAGCGGCUGAAUGAUCUGGUGUCUGCCCCUGCACCCAUACCUCCACUGCUUGUGUCAGGAGGGCCAGGCUCGGGGAAAUCCCUGCUGCUCUCCAAAUGGAUUGAGCAUCAACACAAGGCUUCACCGAGUACUUUACUGUUGUAUCACUUUGCAGGAAGGCCUUUGUCCACCAGCUCCGAGCCAGCGCUCAUAAUUAAACGACUCACCGUCAAGCUGUUGCAACAUUCCUGGUCCAUGUCAGCUCUUACACUGGAUCCGAGUAAGUUACUGGAAGAGUUCCCUCGAUGGCUGGAGAAAUUAUCUGCACGCCAUCAGGGCAGUAUCAUCAUCAUCAUCGACUCCAUCGACCAGAUCGAGCAAGCUGAGCGUCACAUGAAGUGGUUAAUCGACCCACUCCCUGUAAACGUCAGAGUGAUCGUUUCUGUCAACGUGGAGACCUGCCCGCAAGCAUGGAGGUUGUGGCCGACCCUUCACCUUGACCCGCUGAGCCCGAAGGACGUCAUAGCUCUGAUCACCGCAGAGUGCCACCACGCGGACGUCAAGCUCACCCGAGAGCAGGUGAAGCGGCUGGAGAAACAUUGCCGAUCUGCAACAACGUGCAACGCGCUCUACGUUACUCUCCUGGCCAAGAUGCUCACAUGUGUCAAAGGCCUUGGAGAUGUCGACGUUAUUGUCCAGCAGUGUUUUGAAUGUCAGGACACCGUCUCCUUAUACAGGCUGGUGCUGCAGUCUGUACAGCAGGCCCUGCACACUGACGGGGCCAAACAACUAAUGCAGGAGAUGCUGUGCCUGAUCUACGUGAGCCACAACGGUGUGAGUGAAGGUGAGCUGCUGCAGAUAUACCCUGAGCUUCUCUGGCCCACCUUGUCCUCGCUUCUCCGCAGCUUGCAGAGCACGUGCGUGCUGGCACAGAGCUGUGGCCUCCUCAACUUCCAGCACCUGCAGGCUUUGGACGCAGUGCGAUUGGAAUAUAUGGAGAAAAAAGGACAGGAUUCUGUUACAGUUUACAGAGAAAAACUAGUGCAGUAUUUUUCGCAUCAAAUGAGUCAGGGCAGAGUGACGUGGCGGGGAGUGGAUGAGUUGCCCUGGCUCUUCCUGCAGCAGGGGGACAAGACCAAGCUGCACGGCUGUCUGCUCAACCUUUUUGUGUCUCAGAACCUGUACAAGAGAGGCCAUUUUGCAGAGCUGCUAUCCUAUUGGCAAUACGUGGGGAUGGAUAAGAAUUCCAUGGCUGCUGCUUACUUUGAGUCAUUGAAGCAGUAUGAGAGGAGCUGUGAAGGGGAGGACAUGAUCGUGCGCUUGGCAGAUCUCUACGAGACGCUAGGCCGCUUUUUGAAAGACUUGGGCCUGCUGAGCCAGGCGGUGGCCCCACUGCAGCGUUCUCUGGAGAUCCGGGAGAGUGCGUUGGACCCGGACCACCCCAACGUGGCGCAGUCCUUGCACCAGCUCGCCAGCGUGUACGUGCAGUGGAAGAAGUUCGGCAACGCCGAGCAGCUGUACAAGCAGGCGCUGGAGAUCAGCGAGAAUGCCCAUGGCCCCGUACACCCACGGGUGGCUCAGCAGCUCGAUGCCCUGGCCAUGCUGUACCAGAAACAGAACAAGUACGAGCAAGUGGAAUCAUUGAGGAAGCGAUCGAUGAAGAUCAGGCAGAAGAUGUCCAAGCAAAAAGGGAGCAUGCACGGCUUUGCCAUCCUGCGUCGCAGGGUGCUGCAGUUGGAGGAGCUGAGCCUGCGCGCCGAGUCUGCAGACACCGCCCACACUCUCAACGAGCUGGGAGUGCUGUACUACCUGCAGAACAACCUGGAAACCGCUGAGAUGUUCCUGAGGCGUUCGCUGGAGAUGAGGGAGCGCACCGUCGGGCGUGAGCACCCGGACUGCGCGCAGUCCCUCAACAACCUGGCGGCCCUGCACAACGAGAGGGGGGAGCAGGAGAAGGCGGAGGAGCUGUACGAGCGGGCGCUGGAGAUCCGCUGCCGAGCCCUGGCACCCGACCACCCCUCCGUGGCCUACACCGUCAAACACCUGGCCCUGCUCUACAAGAAGCGAGGGAAGCUGGAGCAGGCGGCUGCUCUGUGUCAGUUGGCGGUGGAGAUACGACAGAAGUCCUUUGGGCCAAAGCACCCGAGCGUAGCCACGGCCUUGGUCAACCUGGCCGUGCUGUACUGCCAGCUGAAGAAGCACACGAAAGCACUGCCGCUCUAUGAGCGUGCACUGAAGAUCUACGAGGACAGCCUGGGCCGCUGUCACCCGCGGGUGGGAGAGACACUGAAGAACCUCGCCCUGCUCAGCUACGAAGAGGCCAAUUUUGAGAAGGCAGCAGAAUUGUACAAAAGGGCGAUGGACAUCAAGGAGGCGGAGGUGUCGGGGACUGGCGGCAAAGCUCUCUCGCGCCACUCGUCCAGCGGGGAUGCGCUGAGUUUGAAGAACACGGCGGCCGUCAAUCCCAGUCUGGAGCUGGCCUUCAGGUGACUGCAACCCACACGCCCAUGGCAUCAUCCCUCUGCUUGGAGGCUGCCGACCUGCUAUAGACAAUAGACAAUAGGUGCAGGAGUAGGCCAUUCGGCCCUUCGAGCCAGCACCGCCAUUCAAUGUGAUCAUGGCUGCUCAUCCCCAAUCAGUACCCCGUUCCUGCCUUCUCCCCUUAUCCCCUGACUCCGCUAUCUUUAAGAGCCCUAUUUAGCUCUCUCUCUUGAAAGCAUCCAGAGAACCGGCCUCCACAGCCCUCUGAGGCAGAGAAUUCCAAAGACUCACCAUGAUCUGUGAGAAAAAGUGUUUCCUCAUCUCCAUUCUAAAUGGCUUACUCUUUAUUCUUAAACUGAGGCACCUGGUUCUGGACUCCCCCAACAUCGGAAACAUGUUUCCUGCCCCUAGAGUGUCCAGACCCUGAAUAAUCUUAUAUGUUUCUGGAGCGAUGUUCAGGGGGAAAGGUCCCGACACAAAACACCGUCAACCCAUCCCCCUCCGCGGGCGCUGCCCGAUACACAUUGUUUCUCCACUUGGUAUUUUCAAAGCUGCUUUGAAGAGCGUCCGAACCAGAACGGAUCUCUUCUUCCCCCACACGCACAUCAGUCCGAAGAAGGGUCUCGAUGGUAUUUUGUGUGUGGAGAGCCAGCAACAGCACUCGGGCCAUGCAAGACCUGCACUGUCACAGGUGCCUUUUCACAGUUGAAACAUCCAACAAAGCCUCUAAGGUGAAGGGGGCAAAGAUUUAAUAGGAACCUGAGGGGUACCUUUUUCGACACAGAGAGUGGUGGGUGUAUGGAACAAGCUGCCAGAGGAGACACUCGAGGCAGGGACUCUCGCAAUGUUUAAGAAACAUUUAAGACAUUUCCUUUCUUAAACGGAACGGAUUUAAUUGAAAGGUUCCAGUGAAGAUUUCCGGUAAUUUUUUGUACUGUUCAGCAUUUAGUUUUUCCACUAUAUAUACACAAUAAACUAAACUGUCAAGAAAUGUUUUAGGGGUGGGGGUGGGGAUGAACAGCGAUCAAACACUAAUGUACCUGGCAGGGGUCGGGACAGAAAGGGUCCCUCAGUUGGAUGAGCUGGUUUGGAAUGAGUAGCUUACACUUGCAAAUGAGCAGUUCCUUGCUGCAUCAGACUUCUACUUCAAUUCAAUUUAAUUGCCCUUUAUUGUCAUUCAAACAUGCAAGUUUUGGACAAAAUGUCGUUCCUGCAGUCAUAACAGCAAAAAAAUAAACCAAAACACACAAUUAACAGUUUCACACAAACAUCUAUCACAGUGAAUCUCCAAACACCCCCUCACUGUGAUGGAAAGAGGUGUUAGGAGAUUCCCUGUCCUUUGUUCUUCUCCCGCGGUCAGGCAGCCAAACUACAACGUCGAGGCGACCAGGGUUCCCGAUGUUAAAGCCCCCAGCGGGCGAUGGUAAGUCCCGCAGCCAUUUAAGCUGCGCCGGUCGAUUUAAGCCCCUGCCGAUUCAAACCCCUCGAUUCGGGCGGGCGAAGUUUGCCGUUGCGGGAUCUCCCCGAAAAUCGGUCUCCCACCAGGGACCUGCAAGCUCCCGACUCCACCGUCCACAGGGCCCGCGGUCGGGUCAUAGCCGCAGCCACAGCGCCACCACAGCUCCGAAGUCGGCCAGCUCCACGAUGGUGAGUUCGCAGGCUCUACUACUGGAGCCCUCAGGUCGAUUCCGGUUGGAGGACGCCAGCUCCACAAUGUUAGGCCCCAACGACAACGGAGACACGACAAGGGACAAGUCCCGUUCCCCGUUCAGGGAAGAGAUUAAAAAGUUUUCCCCACACCCCCUGCAUAUACACAACUAAUGAUAAAACAAAAACAAGACAAAAAGAAAGAAAAAAGACAGACGGACUGCCGGUAGCCGUUGCCACAAGGCACCGCCACUUCCCAUGAGAAAGGUGUGUUUACACAUAGCUUCUGAUGCCCAAACCUGUACUGACAUUACAUUGAGUAUAAAUGUGUUCCUCAUGUGUAGAGCUACGAUUGGCACCUACAUCCAAUGAUACGAUACGUUAGAACUUUAUCCCAGGAAGGAAAUUGAUCUUAAAAACACAAGAAGAUACGUGAAACAUGAAGUUAAAGUGACGAGUGGAAAGGAUCGGGGAUGUGCAAAGAUUGGGGGA